UUUUCCUCCUAACUUUCUAGAAAAUACUGUUACCAAACAUACCAAAUAAAGAUGGAUGUACCAAAGAAUUUGCACCUAUACACAUCAAACAAUGACAGCAUUACUGAAGACUUGACGGCACAUGCUUCUUCACUGGGGGAUAACGAUUCCUGUUCUUCAUCCUUUGUGUCACAACAGAACUCCGUGACCUCACCAGCCGAUCAACUCCAGCCUGUGUUAAGAUACAGUAGAAGCAGCAGUACAGAUAGCACAGAUUCCCAGGAUAGAGGGGAGAUUAAAUCUGUAGUGAGAGUGAAGGACCCUACACUAGAUUUCUCUCCUCUCAUGGCCUUACUCCAGCCUCAAACAGAUCUCAAUAAGCCUCCAGCUAACUGGUUAAGGAGGAGGUCACUCUCCCAACAGCAGAAGGCUAGGCAGUUUCUGUGGCCAAAAAGAGUUUCAAGGUAUGCAAUAUUAGAUGUGGAAUGUUUUUAG